AUGUCUGCCGCUGAAAUCGACAGCCUGUGGCGCUCCGCCUUUGGCGACUCAGCUAUCCGCCCCUUGCCCUACAGUUCGGAAGAGCUGGGCGACGAUGGAUGGCGACCACUGACGGACCCGCAAACCUUCAUGGUGAAUCUGGCCAAUCUCAAUCCACAGCAACUCUAUGCCGCCAGUGCGAACAACCAACUUGCCAUGAUCGACGCCCAGAAUGAAUACCUGGAGCUGGAGCGCCACAUUGCCAACAUCAAGGGCAAAGAAACCAUCAAAAACCCCCAAGACCUCCCGGCCCCGGAUGUCUUUGAGGAACGCAAGGAAGCUGCGCUGUACGGCUACAAAUAUGAUGCUAAUCGCCCAGCGCUUCUUCAUGCUGGUAUUCCCGGCCUCCGAUCUGCUGAUGAUCUGACCGAGCGAGAAAAACACGAUGUGCGCUUGUUCCAAGAGCCCUUCGAGCAAGGAGGAUUCGUGCCCAAGGAGAGAGAAUACAGAGCCAAGGUCGCCAAAGCUAAAGAUCCCAAAAAUGUCGACGGCUGGAUCCCCAUCGAGAGAGACGGCAAGCAUCUCAUUCCACGUCAACAGACCCACCAUGAAGAAUACAACCUCACAUAUGUUAAGCGCAAUGUGGAUGAAAAUGGUGAGAUCAUUCGACCUCAAUCUCCCGAAAGCAGCGAAGUUCCCGGUGAAACCACUCCCGACAAGGCCGUCAACAAACGUUUGACCCGAACUCGCUUCGACGGCAAGAAGUUCCCCCCGACACGAGAUGUGUCGGAGGCUCCGUCGGUAGCUUCUACUCCCAGCGGCAAAAAGCGUGCAAGCCCCUCAGGAGCCGACACCCGUGAAGACACGCCCAAUUCGAAACGCCGCAAGAUCCAUCUCACCGUGAAUGAGGAACCGCCCAAGCCCAAGCACCCAAAUCAAUACACAAAAGCCAAAGAAAGAGAGUUGGCUGCCACUCAAACCGCGCCAGCUCAAUCCAGCGCCAGAACCGUCGCGUCAUCAUCGUCAUCGUCGUCGAAGCCGACGUGGCGGGAGUUGUCGCCGAAUGCCAAGCGCACCCACAAGUGGACGGAUCCGGACUUGCUGGAGUCGAUCAAGGACGACCACACAUGGCUGCACGAUGACCCCAAGAGGGCCGAAGAGUGGAAGCACAAGCUGCUGAACGGCAUCAAUCCCGUCCGAAGCCUCAGCAUGUUGCUCAAAUGGAACUACUGGCAAGUCACCAACCAAGCCAAGAGACCACGUGCGAAGAAGAACCUCGCCGAGCAAGACGAAGCAGUCAAGGACAUGGAGGAUUCUAGCGAGUCUCAGAAGCCGAGACGAAGAGUGACCAAGCCCAAAAAGCCCGACGACAGCGAGAGAUCCACCCCGGCCACGACCCCAGCGCCAGAAGCCGUCAACGGUGCGGCGGUGCAAGCUCCGAAACUCGGGUUGAACACACGAGCUGCAAAGUCAUCCAAACGACCAGCCGGUGCGGACGAUGCCACAUUCAGAGACAAAAUUUUCAUCCAAGACAAGCGCAAUGGCACGAGCGGUGCAAAGCAAGCCGGCACAGAGACGGAACCACCAUCGAGAGGCGAGGAGGAGGUGGCCGUGGACAGAAACGGCAAGGAGCCCCACGGUAACGAAGCCUCGCUCAGGCGGCCCAGCAUGAAGGGAGAAGAGAGUGACUCGACGAUUGGGAUAAAGAGCAACGCACCGUUGACCAGGCGAUCGCUACGGCAUGCGAGGAGAUCUAGUGGCUAA